UUUGGGUCUGGAUCAGGCCUGAAAUCUAUGCCGAGCAAAGGUGUAGUGUAAGGGGAGAUGUGGCGGAAGUUGGGGCACCACACAAGGGAGGGUGGCAGGCCCUUUAUCAGAUCGCCGGGCCCAGUGGGGGCGAAAGCGCUGGUAACCCGAGUAGAGUAAAUAGAGACACGUGGGUGCGGGGGACUGAAAGCCGGGAGCCGGCCCGCGCGGGAUAGGGCUAUUUCGGGCGGUGCAGAGCGCAUCGGAUGAGGGUGGGGGCGGAUGGACCCUGAUAUCCGACACUCCAUUGGCCACCCUUGUUCAACAACUGGGAAAUCUUUGGAGGAAAUCCGGUAGAAGAGUAUUGACACCUAAAUGAUUUCACCAGCGCUUUAUCCCCCCAAAGAAACUCGGAGGGUAUACCCUUUUCCCUUAAAUGGCAUCCUUCUGCCCCAAAAGAGAAAGCUUGUGGUUUAGGAGGCGGGGAAAUUGGGGGUUUUAAACAACACGUUUAAGAACACCUCACAGUUACCUUCUCUAUCCAAAUGGCAGGGGUGGCAAGACAAGCGCAAACCUCUCAGGAGUCCUUCCAUGACAAGGCCAGAGAACACUCUGAUGAAGGAAAACAUCCAGAUGGAGGCCUCUAUAACAAAGGACCCUCCUACUCUGGUUACUCCGGGUACAUAAUGAUGCCAAACAUGAAUAACGACCCGUACAUGUCAAAUGGAUCUCUUUCUCCACCCAUCCCAAGAACAUCAAAUAAAGUGCCCGUGGUGCAGCCAUCCCAUGCGGUCCACCCUCUCACCCCCCUCAUCACUUACAGCGACGAGCACUUUUCUCCAGGGUCACACCCGUCACACAUCCCAUCAGAUGUCAGCUCCAAACAAGGCAUGUCCAGACAUCCUCCUGCUCCAGAUAUCCCCACCUUCUACCCCCUGUCUCCAGGCGGCGUCGGACAGCUCACUCCACCUCUCGGCUGGUUUUCCCAUCACAUGAUUCCUGGUCCUCCUGGUCCCCACACAACUGGCAUCCCUCAUCCAGCUAUUGUAACGCCUCAGGUCAAGCAGGAACACCCCCACACUGACAGCGACUUAAUGCACGUGAAGCCUCAGCAUGAACAGAGAAAGGAGCAGGAGCCAAAAAGACCUCACAUUAAGAAACCUCUGAAUGCUUUUAUGUUAUACAUGAAAGAAAUGAGAGCAAAUGUCGUAGCUGAGUGUACUCUAAAGGAAAGUGCAGCUAUCAACCAGAUUCUAGGCCGAAGGUGGCAUGCCCUCUCCCGUGAAGAGCAGGCUAAAUAUUAUGAAUUAGCGCGGAAGGAAAGACAGCUACAUAUGCAGCUUUAUCCAGGCUGGUCCGCAAGAGACAAUUAUGGUAAGAAAAAGAAGAGGAAGAGAGAGAAGCUACAGGAAUCCACCUCAGGUACAGGUCCACGAAUGACAGCUGCCUACAUCUGAAACAUGGUGGAAAACGAAACUCAUUCCCAACGUGCAAAGCCAAGGCAGCGACCCCGGGACCUCUUCUGGAGAUGGAAGCUUGUUGAAAACCCAGACUGUCUCCAUGGCUUGAGCAGCCGACCCCAGAGGAGAACUGACACCAACUUCAUCCAGAGGUCGCUGCUGGAGACGCUGGUCCAUAGACAAUCACUGCCAAAUCCUCUCUCAUCCAUGGCAAGAGCCAAGUUCCAAAAUCAAACAAACAAGAAUAAGUUUUUAAAAAAGCAAAUUAGAUAGUAUACAAGAAUGCUAGCAGGCUCUGGGUCAGCUCAGACGCUCGCCGCCCCCAUCUCUGCCAGGAACUUCCCAGAGCAUCUUGCAGCGGUAACUGUUAACCUUUCGGCAAGGACAGUAAACCUGGCUGUGCUUGCCUGCCGUCAGCGCCAGCACCUGGAGCCAGCCACCAGCAUGUCCGUCCAUCAGCAUCCCAGCCAAGGAAUUUGUGGAAGAGUUCCUUCUUUGUUACUGUCUUCGUUUCUUUCUCUUCCUUUCUCUCAAAGCUUUAUUUAACAGUGCAAAAGGAUCAAUCUUAUGUUUGCUUCUUUUUUUUAAACUUGAAUUUUUAAAAAAAAAUUUACACUUUUAGUUUUCAUUUUCUUGUAUAUUUUGCUAGCUGUGAGCAUUUAAGUAAAAUUCAAAGAUCCAGAAAUGGUUGAAAUAAAAAGAAGCCCUUUACCUGAAACCAUGUCUGGUAAGUGGCUUCUCGUGAAUUUUCUGUAACGGAAUAGUGGCCUCUCCGUCUUUGUCAGGUGUCCUGUAGAGCUGAGUAAGUGGAACAGCCAAACCCACUCUGAUGGUAGCAAUGGCAGUCCUGUUUCACUUUGUAUUUCUCUUGAUUUUGUUUUCUUUUUUUUAAAAAAGAUAAACCUUAACAGAUACUCCCAGCUGACUGGUUUGCAGUGAAUUUUCAUUUCUUUCCUUCUUACCCCUUGUAAAAAGCCCAGCACUUGAAUUGUUAUUACUUUAAAUGUUCUGUAUUUGUAUCUGUUUUUAUUAGCCGAUUAGUGGGAUUUUUAUGCCAGUUGUUAAAAUGAGCAUUGAUGUACCCAUUUUUUUUUUAAAUAUCAAGGCACAGCCUUUGCCCAAAACUGUCCUCUAACGUUUGUCAUUCCAGUUUGAGUUAAUGUGCUGAGCAUUUUUUAAAGGAAGCUUUGUAAUAAAACAUUUUUAAAAAGUAAUUU